CCAGCCCCCCACUUACCCUCCUCUGGUGGUUAGAAUCCUUUCUUCCAGCCUGCAUUUACUCUUGGCCGUUUAUCCCCGUUUGUUUUUGUGCCAGUGCUGUCCCUUAGUAUCAGGAGCCCUUCUUCCUCCCUGAUGGUUUGGGUGCCAGCCACUUGCUUUACCAGCUGGGAGUUGAGAUUUCCUUCCAGAAUCCCUGGUAAAGGUCCUCAGCAGCGUUGUGCCAGGAACAGAUCCCUUCUUGCAUGAGGGUUCCCCCAUUGGCUGCUGUUCUCUGAGAUCUGCUCGGAUGUGUCCAAGCUGUUGGUAUUGCAGACAUGAGGAGGAUUCGCAGAGCGGCCGAAGGGGCUGGGAUGUGCCUGUCUCCCGGUUGGUAUAACAACAAGAACUGAGGGCCAGAUUCUAAAGAGAUCUGGGCACCUGAGAAGUAGAUAAAAGCACCCACUAGGCCCCUGUUGGCCUUUUAGGUGUCCAAACAGCUGUCAGUCUGGCCCGGGUGUCUAAAUCCCAUGAGCUGCAGUGAAUCGGGACCUGCAGCUCUUUGCAUCUCUCUCAGUGCCGGCACUCCAAGAGUUACUGGUGACUGCGACUCCCAGAGCGACGGAGCCAUGAGUGAGAGCGAGGAGGGGGCUCCCCACCUGGACAGGAUCAGGCCAGAGAGCGAGGAGGGGAUUCCCCAGAAAGAUGGAGCCAUGAGUGAGAGCAAGGAGAGGGCUCCCCGCCUGGAUGGGAUCGGGACGGAGAGCCAGGAGGGGGCUGGGACAGUGGAGCCACAGGGGAACGCUUGCUGGAGCCAGCAGCAGACUGAGGGACAGCGGGGCAACAGCCGCUUCGAGGUGAGACCAACAAUCUGUGCCGAGUGUGGGGAGAGCUUUGGGGAUGAUGUGGCUCUGCUGGCCCACCGGGGGACGCCCUGCAGAGGUGCAGUAGCGAAGCCAUUUGGCUGUUCUGGCUGUGGGCGACGGUUCAGCCGCAGCUCCAACCUGCUGCGCCACCAGCGGGUACACACAGGUGAGCGCCCCUUCACCUGUGCUGACUGCGGCCGGUGCUUCAGCCAGAGUGCUCACCUGGCCAAGCACCGGCGCCUCCAUGGCACUGCGGGGCUCCCCACCCCACCAGCAGAGCGCAGCUACAGCCGCAGCCCCGAGUUCCUGCGGUUCCAGCGGGCCCACGUCGGGCAGCGCCCCUUUGCCUGUCCUGACUGCGGCAAGCGAUUCAGUGCUGGCUCCUCCCUGGUGCAGCACCAGCGCAUCCACACGGACGAGCGUCCUUUUCCCUGCCCCGACUGUGGCAAGCGCUUCCUGCGGGCCCCGGACCUGGCGCUGCACCAACGCAUCCACACGGGCGAGCGCCCCUUCCCCUGCCCUGACUGCGGCCGGCGUUUCAUCCGUGGCCCCGACCUGGCGCUGCACCAGCGCACUCACACCGGGGAGCGCCCCUACCAGUGCGGCCAGUGUGGGCGCCGGUUCAGCCGCGGGCCCGGCCUCCUGCUCCACCAGCGCACGCACACCGGGGAGCGCCCCUACCAGUGCACCCAGUGUGGCCGCCACUUUAGCCGCAGGUCCAACCUGGGCCGCCACCUGGCCACCCAUAGCAUGCUGCGGGGGGACCCCGCCCCAGAGGGAGAGCCCAGUGCAGAGACCCUCAGGCAGCAGGGAAUUGCUGUGGAGGGGGAGGAAUCUCAAGGGCUAAAGGGGCGGAGCUCAGAGGCUGUGACCCAGAAGGGAAUCCCUGCAGAGGGGGAGGAGUCCCAAGGGCUGAAGGGGCGGAGCUCAGAGGCUGUGACCCAGAAGGGAAUCCCUGCAGAGGGGGAGGAGUCCCAAGGGCUGAAGGGGCGGAGCUCAGAGGCUGUGACCCAGAAGGGAAUCCCUGCAGAGGGGGAGGAGUCCCAAGGGCUGAAGGGGCGGAGCUCAGAGGCUGUGACCCAGAAGGGAAUCCCUGCAGAGGGGGAGGAGUCCCAAGGGCUGAAGGGGCGGAGCUCAGAGGCUGUGACCCAGAAGGGAAUCCCUGCAGAGGGGGAGGAGUCCCAAGGGCUGAAGGGGCGGAGCUCAGAGGCUGUGACCCAGAAGGGAAUCCCUGCAGAGGGGGAGGAGUCCCAAGGGCUGAAGGGGCGGAGCUCAGAGGCUGUGACCCAGAAGGGAAUCCCUGCAGAGGGGGAGGAGUCCCAAGGGCUGAAGGGGCGGAGCUCAGAGGCUGUGACCCAGAAGGGAAUCCCUGCAGAGGGGGAGGAGUCCCAAGGGCUGAAGGGGCGGAGCUCAGAGGCUGUGACCCAGAAGGGAAUCCCUGCAGAGGGGGAGGAGUCCCAAGGGCUGAAGGGGCGGAGCUCAGAGGCUGUGACCCAGAAGGGAAUCCCUGCAGAGGGGGAGGAGUCCCAAGGGCUGAAGGGGCGGAGCUCAGAGGCUGUGACCCAGAAGGGAAUCCCUGCAGAGGGGGAGGAGUCCCAAGGGCUGAAGGGGCGGAGCUCAGAGGCUGUGACCCAGAAGGGAAUCCCUGCAGAGGGGGAGGAGUCCCAAGGGCUGAAGGGGCGGAGCUCAGAGGCUGUGACCCAGAAGGGAAUCCCUGCAGAGGGGGAGGAGUCCCAAGGGCUGAAGGGGCGGAGCUCAGAGGCUGUGACCCAGAAGGGAAUCCCUGCAGAGGGGGAGGAGUCCCAAGGGCUGAAGGGGCGGAGCUCAGAGGCUGUGACCCAGAAGGGAAUCCCUGCAGAGGGGGAGGAGUCCCAAGGGCUGAAGGGGCGGAGCUCAGAGGCUGUGACCCAGAAGGGAAUCCCUGCAGAGGGGGAGGAGUCCCAAGGGCUGAAGGGGCGGAGCUCAGAGGCUGUGACCCAGAAGGGAAUCCCUGCAGAGGGGGAGGAGUCCCAAGGGCUGAAGGGGCGGAGCUCAGAGGCUGUGACCCAGAAGGGAAUCCCUGCAGAGGGGGAGGAGUCCCAAGGGCUGAAGGGGCGGAGCUCAGAGGCUGUGACCCAGAAGGGAAUCCCUGCAGAGGGGGAGGAGUCCCAAGGGCUGAAGGGGCGGAGCUCAGAGGCUGUGACCCAGAAGGGAAUCCCUGCAGAGGGGGAGGAGUCCCAAGGGCUGAAGGGGCGGAGCUCAGAGGCUGUGACCCAGAAGGGAAUCCCUGCAGAGGGGGAGGAGUCCCAAGGGCUGAAGGGGCGGAGCUCAGAGGCUGUGACCCAGAAGGGAAUCCCUGCAGAGGGGGAGGAGUCCCAAGGGCUGAAGGGGCGGAGCUCAGAGGCUGUGACCCAGAAGGGAAUCCCUGCAGAGGGGGAGGAGUCCCAAGGGCUGAAGGGGCGGAGCUCAGAGGCUGUGACCCAGAAGGGAAUCCCUGCAGAGGGGGAGGAGUCCCAAGGGCUGAAGGGGUGGAGCCCAGGCUCCCUGGUGGCUCCCAUGGGGAAGCGCCAUGGCUGCCCAGACUGUGGGAAGGGCUUUGCCCAGCGUUCACACCUGCUGGUUCACCGGAGGGUGCACACCGGGGAGCGUCCCUUUCCCUGCCCAGAGUGUGGCAAGCGCUUCAGGCAGAGCUCGGUGUUGGCCCGACACCGGCGCACCCACACGGGCGACCGCCCCUUUGCCUGCGGGGACUGUGGCCGGCGCUUUUCGGAGAGCGCGGUGCUGCUCCGGCACCGGGCUGUGCACUCCGGCGAGCGCCCCUACUGCUGCAUGGACUGCGGCCGGGGCUUCAGCCUCCGUGCUAACCUCCUCCAGCACCGGCGGCUCCAUGCCCGGCAUCCUCACGUCUGCACUGACUGCGGCAAGGCGUUCAGCGAGGCCGCAGCCCUGGCUACCCACCAGGGCACCCGGCAUGGGGCCAGCAAACCCUUCGCCUGCACCGGCUGCGGCAAGCACUUUGGUCGCAGCUCCACACUGGCUCGGCACCGGCGCAUCCACGCUGAGCGGCCCCACGAAUGCGCCCGCUGUGGCCGCAGAUUUGGGGAGAGUGCCGAGCUGGCGCAGCACCUGCGGGUGCACAGCGAGACCCCCUAUGAGUGCGCCCGAUGCGGAGAGCGCUUUGCCCAGAGCCAUGCGCUGAUCACACAUCAGGCCAUCCACGCCGAGCCAAGCCACGGACAGCCCCACACUGCCCAUGCCCACCCGUCCCCCCUCGCCAAGCAUGGGGACAACGUCCUGCCCAAGUCCCCAGCUGUGUCCCACCAGAGACUCCACACGGGAUAGGAGCCAGGACAGAGCCCCGGACUCCUGGCUCCCAGCGCCUCCCCAACCCAUUAGACCUCAUGCCCCUCCUAGAGCCAGGGAUAGAACCUAGAACUCCUGGCUCCCAGCCCCCCCUGCUCUGACCACUAGGCCAGAGGUGGGCAAACUACAGCCUGGUGGCUGCAUCUGGCCCUUCAGGUGUUUUAAUCCAGCUCUCAAACUCCAGCCAGGGAGUGGAGUCGGGGGUUUGCCCUGCUCUGUGUGUGCUGUGGCUCCACGCAGCUCCCUGAAGCAGCAGAUGUCUCCCAUCCGGCUACUACACGAAGGGGCAGCCAGGGGCUCUGCAUGCUGCCCCUGCCCCAAGUGCUGCCCCUGCAGCUCCCAUUGGCUGGGAACAAAGGCCAAUGGGAGCUGCAGGGACGGUGCAGUGCAUAGAGCCGCCUGCCACGCCUCCAUGUAGGAGCCAU